AUGCGCAACUGCAAAGACGACAUAGACAAGAGAUCUGCUCCAGACGUAUAUUCUGUUCCACUAAGGGACCGUAGAUUUCAAAGAGACCUUGUAUAUAUCAGCAUCCCCAAGGAAUACGAGGCUCACAUACAGGGGUAUGCUGAUGAUACGGUUCUAUUGCUCAGCCAUGUGAACAAUGAAGUCCUCCAGGAAAGGAUAAACAAUACACUGAAGCUCAUAUCUAACUGGUGUGAAAAAACUAAGCUAAUAAUUAAUUAUAAGAAAUGUGAAGUGAUUGUUUUCCCGAAAGGGAACAUCCUUAAGAAAGGUCCUAGCAUUAAGAUCAACAACAUCAAGAUAAAGAAUCACACGGCUGUUAAAUAUUUGGGCAUAGUUAUGGACCAGAAACUGAACUGGACAGACCAUGUUCACUAUGUCUAUGAGAAAGCAACGAAAACUGCCCAGGCCCUAAAAACUAUUUGCAGGAACCGGUGGGGUUAUGGCCCUUUGACAAGCAGGACUCUCUAUAUAGCGGCAAUUGAGCCUAUCAUCACAUACGGAGCAGAAAUUUGGGGCUCAGCGGCCACCAGAGUACAUAUUCGUAGGAAGCUCCUGUCAAUCCAAAGGCUGUUAGGUAUCAAUGCUGCCAAAGCAUACAAGACAGCCCCCACUGAGGCCCUUCUUGUAAUUAACCGGACUUUGCCCAUUGACCUAAAGGUCAAAGAAAUUUUCUUAAAAUAUAAUCUCGACAAAGUGGCCAAGAAAGAGACCAGCCUUGAGCAUUUUAACAACAUAAUAGCAAAAGAGAAGCACUGUGAGGAUAUCAAUUCUCUUGCGGAGCUUCUCAUCUCCAAUGGUUUUGACAAGCAUUAUGACUACUACCCCAUCCACCCCAGUUUUGUCCCAUCUUACAGCCUCGACAACAGCUACAAUGAGAACCACAACAUCCAUAUUUAUACUGACGGGUCCAAGGCUCCUGAGGGGGUGGGCUGUGCGGUCGUAAUCUACAAGGACCAGCAGUGCCUAUAUCAGGCAUGCAGGAAAUUAGCUCCGCACUGUACCAACAAUCAGGCGGAGUCUCUUGCCAUCUACCUUGCCAUAGAUUGGAUUCUAUCUAAUCAACACAACUGGAAGAAUCACAGCUACGGAAUAUUUAGUGACAGCAGGAUAGCAAUCCAACAGAUCAUUAAACUUAACUCCACCCUCCCCAUUGUUAAUGACAGCAUCCGCAAGCUUCAAGAACUUACGGCUCUUAACAUCAGGGUGGACUUUCAUUGGAUCAAGGGUCAUUCAGGGAUCACGGGGAACGAGCGGGCUGAUCUUCUUGCUCGGAAAGCACGUACUUUGGCCUCCACCACUUCUUACACUGGCAUCAGCAAAAACUACGUCAGGAAUGAGAUACACAAGAUUAUCCUCAAGCUCUGGCAGUCCCGCUGGGAUAAUGGGGACACGGGAAGGCUCACCCAUAGCUUUUUCCCAUCUCCCACCGACAGUAUGCACGACCCACGCUACACCACCUUCCAGCUUACUCAACUCCUUACAGGUCACGGGAAUUUAAACUCCUACCUCAAGAGGUUUCUCAAUAAGACUGACGGUCAGUGUAACUGCGACCUGAAGGAAGAGGAAGAGCCUGUGCACGUUAUCUUCCACUGCCCUUUCCACAUUACUCAUCGUAAGAAACUGGCAGAGACUGUUCAGGCAAAUGGGUUCAACUGGCCUUGCACUCUCAAAGACUUCACUAUUGAUAAGAACAAUUUCAAGGCCCUGAAGAAAUUUGCAGCUGAUAUCAAGAAGCUCUACUAG